CUCCUCUCAAACUGUGGGCAGACAAACAUAGCACCAGGGAGAGCUAUUAGCAGCAGCAGAAGAUCACCCAGGAGCUCUAAGAUGUUUAUUUAUUAGAGUCUUCCUGUUGCUUAAAGUCCUGACCUCCUCACUAAGCAAUUUGGAGUCAAUGUGGAUAGAAUGGCGAAUAGUGUGAUCAGUUUGUCAACUUCUGAGACCCGUCGGUCUAAUGAUUAUUCUCCUGACUGGACUCCGUACUCACAGUCGUCCCUGCUUAACUGGACAACCAACACACUGUAGGAAACAUGAACCCUGAGUCUCUGGACAGGUCCAUCCAGAACACCCUCUCAGACCUCUACCCUCCCUUCGAGGCCACAGCCCCCACCGUCCUGAGCCAGCUCUUCCAGGUCAUAGAGGAACGUUACCAAGGAGAUGCACUCAAGUGUCUGCUGGACUUCCUCAUUACAGCCAAACACAUCCUUGAGAGUGUUCAGCAGGCUGCCUGUGCCCAGUACUCUGAUGUGGUGUUCCGCUGUGAGGGCUGGCCUCUGUGUCUGCAUGAGAAGGUGGUGAUCCAGCUUGCCUCCAUCAACCCCCUAUUGCUGCGCCCAGGGGACUUCUACCUGCAGGUGGCACCCUUUUCUGAACAGUCCGCCCGCAUUGUGGUCCGGAGCCUGCUGGGGGAGGAGGAGGGACAGGGUCGGGAGGUAGAGGAGACACCCAUCCCUGAGACCUCCUACCCCUGCAUCUUCACUGAGGACUGGCUGGCGGAGCUCAACCAUGGCCGCCAUGGCACCCUUCUCAGCCACUGUAUCCUCUCCACAGACCAGGGCAUGGUGAAGGUGCCAUGGGCACAGGUGGCUCUACCUGAGUUUGUGGAUAAACCCAGAUCUAUGGCCUUGUCAUCUCCUAACCCUGCUGCUACUCAACAGGAGAAAGUGGCAAGGCCAGUUCCCUCGUUGGCGCUGCCUCCCCCUGCCUCUGGGUACUCUGUGGAGACUAGGAUCUCUCCUGCUAAACAUGGCAUUGCGGUGUCGCUGUGUCUGGUGGACAGUAACUGCUCCAGGCUGGUUAAGGUGGAUCAGGAUAGGCCUGUGGCUAAGCCCAUCGGCUGGGUGUCUCCCAACACAUGGGACAGCCGCAGCAACAACACCUCUGAAGUUGAGGGGGAAUACAUAGACUUGGUGGAGUUCACUAAGCAGAAAGAAGCGUUGCUCAGUGGGGCUCACAGUUACACACACCCCAGAGCACCCAUAUUUAGGCCUGUUACCCUCAACAGGCCUGGUGUUCCUUCGGCUCCAGCCCUGCCCCUGCCCCUGGCCUUGGCUCCUGUCCCCCACCAGCCCCUCAGGGAACCGUUACACUGUGGCCGGACCGUCCGAUUCCCCGAAGACCCCCCCUGCACCCCUUGCAUGAGGAGGAGAAUGGGCCAGGUGUCCAAAGCACAGGAGAUCAGGUGCCGGUACAGAGAGUCUUACCAUUCAGCACUGCAGAACCCUGUUACCUUUGAGAGAGACAAUAGACUGAAUACACUGGCGGUUCUAGAGGAGGCUAGUCUAUGUGAGGGGAGACUGGGACCAGAGGGUAAAGAAUUAUGUCCUGGUCCCUCCCAGCAGUGCUACUAUCCAGACCCAGGUCACCAUAACCAGACUCCCCCUGUUAGCACGGUUCCCUGUUGGAAGUCUGGAAAAAGUAACACUAUAUCCAGUGGAAUUUUACAAGGCCUGAAUGACACCAUAGAGGAUGAUGGGAGAUGUCCCUCCUCUCUGUCGACCACUAUUGUGGACAUAUCAGAGAAGUGUGAAGUUGUGAUACAAGGAAGAAAAAGUAGGGACAUUGACUUCACUACAAAGAUGAUUCCCAGCUUACAUGUAGUGAAAUGUAAAAACACGACAGCUUUUGGACUGGUUUCCCCAAAGAUGAACAGGCGGAGACUGCCCAACCAAGAUGUCUCCCAGGCUGGCCAACCCUUCAUACCCGUUACAAACGGACACCAGACCCCUCCACUUGAAAUUACCCAGCAGCCCCUGGGUCACUAUGCUGUGCCCAGUUCUAAGGUCCUGUUACCAGCCUCAGCAGAACACAGCACUCACCAUCUCCAGAUGGGAGUCGCAUGUCUAACUGGUGGCAGAGACAGGACAGGUCGGUUGGUGGUUGAGGUGCACGGAGACAAGGAAGGAUGGAGAUCUCCUUUAGUGUCAAGUCUGGAACUCAGCAAACUUCUGCUCUACCUCCACUCUGUAAUCAAGCGAGAACUAAGAGAACUUGGAAUGAGACUAGUUAUUGAUGCUCGGAAGACUCCACCUCCACCACAGUUCAAUAAGGCCUUGUUGGUGGUUCAGGAGCAGAUUCCCCAUGCAAUACACAGUGUCUUGAUCCUAGUGGAGAAGGAGAGCUGCCAUCGCACAGAGAAAUGUCCUAGACUACAGAUUGCUGUGGUGACCUCACUGAAGGGGUUGCACAAGCUGGUGGAGGGGAGUCAGCUGACCUCAGGCCUAGAGGGCACCCUUCCCUACAACCACAUUGACUGGCUGCAGCUCCAUCAGAAACUUCAUCCCUUUAUGUCAGAUCUCCAGGAGGCCUCAGGUUUGCUACUAACAGCCAUCAGGAAACUAGAGGAAGACCGUAAGAUUGACACAGUGCAGGAUGUACAGAGGUGUAUUCUAGAACAGAGAACUCUGAUGAAGGAUGUUCUGGAGGACAGACGGUUGGUCGUUUUGCAAAGGGAGGGAGGAGCCAUGCUGGCUAGACUGAGAAGGGAGAGUGACCUCAGAUACUCUCACUGUGAGGAUUACAGUGAUGCAGUGGAUUCUGUGACCUGCAUGUACAACCAUGUAGAGGAGCAGGCCCAUGUGCUGGUGCACAGAUCCAACAUGUCCCUGGAGCACCUUGAAUACCUGCUCCAACUCAGAGAAAUGGAGGGCCAUUUCUCUAAGAUCAGGGAAUGGUUUGAUGCAGAAGGGGAACGGCGGUUGUUGGAGGCAGAAUCCGUGGAGGACUCUAGAAAAAGAGUGGAGCAGACUCUCCGUAGUUUCAGUGCAUUCCUCACUAAAGCCAAUGAGCAGAAGCACAAGGCUAUGGCCCUGGUGACGGAGGCAGAGAAGAUCCAGGGCCCAUCCCCAUACCCUGAGACUGAGGUGUUCAGGACCAUGGUCUGCACCUUCAAAUCUGGCCUGGCUGACUUCCUCUCCCGGGCAGAGAGGUGCUGUAGUGAGCUGGAGACUAUGGGCACUGUGUGCAACUUCUGUGAGCAGGCUACUGAGCUGGCCAAAGACUGCAGACAAUACCUGGACCAGGUUGUCAGACUCCCAGAGACGGAUGAUGUCUCUACACUCCAAAUGUACCAGGAGAGCUUUGUCCAGUUCUCCCCAGAGCUCUUCCAGGAGGUGAAGGGCCAGGCGUGUGCUUUGAGGGGCUCCAGGGGCAUGCGGGUGUGGAACGUAGCUUGGCUAAAGUGUCAGGAGGUCAGGCAGCAGCUAGAGGAGAGACUACAGGAUGUGGAGAGGGCCUUGCGGAACACAGGCCCCUGGCAUGAACAACUUAGAGCUGGUGAGGAUGAGGCCUUGGUUCAUACAGUGACUCAUCAUGAUGGAGCUCUGGUACUGCCCAGACCUGGUCCACCACACUGGUACAAUCCCCCAUCAGGCUCUAUGAUGGGAAGGUAUCACGGGGCCUUGGAGAGCAGGAACAACUCUGUGACCUGCUGUAAUAUAAACUUCAAGCCUGAGAAUAACAGACCUUGUAAACGGUCAAAGACCACCACAAUGCCGGCCUCUCCCCAUAUCAGAUCCAUUAGGAGAGCGGAGAGAGAGCCCAGUGGGAGAGAGGCCUGCCGAGGGAGGAGCAGAGAGGACGCCACCCUUGCCGACUUGCACACUGUGGGCUGUGAGUGGUUCCCGUGGCAACGUGGGGGCCUGGGCCGGUCCAUGAGCGAGGAAUCGUGUGCGACCGCCACGUCCAGUCAGUCUGAGUCUUGCAUCCAGACGCCUUCCUGUUCCCACGGGAAACCCUCCUGUCGGAUCCUGCAGGCCGCUCAGAAGUUCCAGAUCUCACGGCAUGGCAGCUUCUGCUCAGAGGAAUCAUGUAGUGUCCGAGAGGGGGCAGAGAGGACCUCUUCAAGGAAUACUAGCCCAUCAGUGAGGAGGUGUGAGGGAACAACAUCAUUGGCAAGUUCAGAGGAGAAGGCUGGCAAUAUUAUAAAGCUGCAGCGGAUCAUGGCGGAGCUACUGUUAACAGAGAGGGAGUAUGUGCGCUCCCUGGGUUACAUCCUGACUCAUUACCUCCCCCUGCUGGAGAGGCCUGACGUGCCACAAGACCUGCGGGGCAAACGUGGAGUCAUCUUUGGGAACCUGGAGAAGCUGUAUGACUUCCACAGCCAUUUCUUCCUCAGAGAGCUGGAUGCCUGUCAGACAGAGCCUUUACAAGUGGCUCGCUGCUUCCUGAGACACAGAGACAGUUUAGGCCUCUAUGCUCUCUACAGCAAGAACAAGCCUCAAUCAGAUGCCUUAAUCCUUCACCAUCGCCCUGACAUCUUCAAGAGGAAGCAGCAGGAGCUGGGGGAUCACAUGGACCUGUCCUCCUACCUGCUGAGGCCCAUCCAGAGGAUCAGUAAGUACAGCCUGCUUCUACAGGACAUGCUGGGGAUGUGUGGGCCUCAGAGAGACAGGGAAGAGCUCCAGGCUGCAGCCGAAGUGGUCCGCUUCCAGAUGCGUCAUGGCAACGACCUCCUCACCAUGGACGCCAUCCAGGACUGUGACGUGAAUCUGAAGGAGCAGGGCCAGCUGAUUCGCCAGGAUGAGUUCAUUGUGUUCUUCAGAAAGAAGAAAUGCUCCCGCCGUAUUUUCCUCUUCCAGGAUCUCAUCCUCUUCAGCAAGACCAAGAAGACCAAUGUGGGCAAUGAUGUGUACAUCUACAAACAGUCUUUCAAGACAUCUGAUAUCGGGAUGACACAUAACUCUAGAGAGAGUGGUUUCUGUUUUGAGAUCUGGUUCCGGCGGAGGAAGUUCCAGGACACAUACACUCUGAAGGCUGACAGGGCGGAGGUGAAAAGGGCCUGGACCAGAGACUUGGAGCAGAUCCUCUGGGAACAAGCUACCUACAGCAGAGAACUGAGGAUACAGGAGAGAGUGUUCAUGGGCACGGGGAGGAACCCUUUCAUGGACAUACAGCCUAAUGAGGCAGCCAUCUGUGACAGGGCCACCAACUGUGUCCUGCUAGGAAGAGCUCCUGUGCCGUCUUUUCCACAAACAGAUCUUGAAUGUCUCCGGCCCAACUCCAUUGGUUCAGGCAGUAGUGCCUCUACCUCCUGCAGCCACUCAUCUUCCUCCUCUGGACGAGGUUCUUUACCUCCUGUAGGUUACCCUGGUAACCAGAUACAAGGUGGGGAAACCAAUCACAUUGUCUAUUCCUCCCCGGAGACUGUGACUGAAGAUGACCCCAAUAACCAUCAUAAUCACCAGAAACAAAACCUUCAUCUUCUCAUGGACAGCAUGGAGUCGUCAGGUGAGAGUGGCAGUGUGUUCAGCAGCUCGGAGUGCAGCUGCCUCUCUGCCAUUGGUGGAGAGGUGGAGGACUCGUCAUCUGUCCUGUCCCAGAGCUCCCAGUCCCGUGUCACCCAGAGAACAGCAGCACCCAAUCUCAGGAAGAACAGCUCCCCUGUUACGAUCAGGAAGAAGCCCUCCAUUGCUCCCAAACCACCAGUGCUAGCUGCUCCUCAGAGCCUGCAAAAGGGCAAAAACAUGGUUGCUAUAGGAAAAUCAACAGAAGUUUAACCAGUGGAUUUAAUGGAUGGUUCAUCCUGUGGAUCUCUGAGCAGUGAUGAUGGAGAGCAAUCAGGCUGACAGUCAAUUAAAAACUAUGAUAACAGACUGAAUGGACCACUAGUUGACAAGCACUGAAGAGAAAGUGACUUUUUGUCUUUGAAGAACUAAUGUAUCUGGAAUAUUCUAGCUGAAAUAUCAUGAAAAGGAACACAUGAUGGAUUGUGGUCAGUUUUUAAAGUGCUUAUGGUGUCCAUUUAUCUAAUAAUACUUCUUGAGCAACCACUUCUUUAUCACAUACUGCUUUAACUGAAUGGCUAUUGUUUUGCUGUCAUUGGUUCAUAGAACAUGCUUUUUUGUCUUUGUAAUACUAGUAGUAUUUCAGCUGUUAACUUUUACAAGGGAUUUCUUUGGAAUUUACACAUCAUUCUCACCAUGUCAUGUUGACUCUCUUGAUGACCCCAUAUUGAUGACCCCAUCUCUUGAUGACCCCAUAUUCCCAUGAAAUGAAAUAUUUUUUUCUUCAAAUUACACACAUUUAACACUGUUUAUAAUGUACCGGUACACAUGUCAAACUCAAACAACUGACUAUAGAAACACUUGUUCCCAUCAGUAUUCUCUGCAGGCUCAGGACAACUUGUCAGUGGCACUGACAUAAUUUCUUGCCCAGAUUUAUAGAUAAAUUAGGGAUCAACUAUUGAUGUCCAGGUGGGAUAGCAGAGGAGCAGCAAGUUACUUAAUAUUUUUUUCCCAUUUUUCCCCAGCCUUGUACUAUAUUGCUGUGAAAAAUGUCUGGAAAGGGAGAAAACCACUAAAUUGGAAUAAUUUAAGGGGUCCAUCUGGCAUUUUCAACUCAUCAGAAACCAGUGUCUUCAGACUUCUCCAGUUGUUCUAAUAGUCAACAUAUUAAUUUACAAUAUUCAUUACAAACCAUGUAUAUUAUUGAGAUCUUUCUUUUCUGUGAAAACUGAAUGAGCAAUUUUGCUUAGGGCUAGGUUCUAUAAGAACUGCGGUUAACAACAUCUGCAUAGUGGUUGUUUUGGCAAUGUUGUUUUGGGGGGGGCCUUCAUGAUGAGUUCAGAUUUUUGUGGCCCCCACCCCCAUCAAAGUUGCCCAUCCCUGUUCUAUUGUCUAUUGGCUAUUGUCUACACUUCAAACAGGCUAUAAAUAUCCCCAUUCAAAUGAACAUGAAAACAUAAAACAUUAGCCUGUCAUUAUUUCUAUCAUCGAUAGCGCCUACACUUUCUAUCGCCGUUUUGAACACACGAGCAGCCGCUCUCCAAUUUGUCAACUCAACCUGCGUUGGCCGUAACUGCAGUACAACUCUUGAUCUGAUUGAAUCACAGUCUAUCUUUUUAACAUGUCAAUAUGGUGAGACUUUCUUUGAAACCACUGUCAUCAAUGUUAGUUUUGUUCAUUGUCCACACUUUUUGGGUUAUAUUUAGUUUUUUAUAUUAAACCCAAUGUAUAUCAUUCUCACUGAAAAGCUAUUUAUUAUAGGAUCAGUGCCAUUUUUGUAGAGAAUUUAGUACUUUUUCCUGUAUUUCUCCAGCAGCUGGUUUGAACAUCAACUCACGCUGAUGUUGUGCAAUCAGAAGAAAUGGGAACAACCUCCUUCAAUGGAAUGUGAAUCCUGACACCGCAGACACCGCCAUGACUAAACAUUGUGACCAUCGGUUAAGCAUCAGAUAACAUUGUUGUGUAGGUCACCCUGUUGAACUGAACACUCCUCUACCAUAGCCCCCCUCCGCUGUCCUGAGCACAAAUGUGUCACAAAUGGGUUACAUACAAUAUCAGUAAACAAAUUAUUCAUUGAGAUAUUCUUUAUUUACAUUUGGGUAGUCAUUUAAUUAUAACCUCUGUGUUUAUUCAUGUAUGUGACAUAAAACAAUAAAAGGUUAAGGAAUUUUUUAAAAGUUAGUUAUUAUUUUUCGGAAGUUUAAAAAAAAGUUGUUGUAAAGUAUAUGCAGACCUGCAUGCAGGUGUGAAGUUUAGAUGUGAGUCUUUAAGAUUUGAGAUUCUUCAAAGUAGCCACCCUUUGCCUUGACGACAGCUUUGCACACUCUUGGCAUUCUCUCAACCAGCUCCACCGGGAAUGCU